CCCCCUUCUUCACCAAUCCCUGAAGAAGGGAGGAAGGGGGCGUGGCCUUCAACUCUCUCCGCCUCUUCACACAUCCCAAAAGAAGGAAGGAAAGAAAGUAAGAAAGCGUGGCCUGAUAUAUUGGGGGAGUGGCCCAGGCUAUUCCUUUCUCGACCCCCUUCACCUAUUCCAGAAGGAAGGGGCGUGGCCUAAACUAUUGGGCGAGUGGCCUAAUCAUCCCUCUCUCUCUUCGACCCCUUCUCUACCAAUCAAGGAAGGAAGCAAGUGGGGUGCGACCUGGACUGUUCUUCUCUGGCCUCGCCCCUUUUUCAAUCCCAGAAGGAGGAAGGUGUGACCUGAUAGAGUGGGGGCAUGGCCUAAUUGCUCCUCUCUCAACCCCCUUCUCUAAUCCCAAAGGAAGGAAGGGGGCUUGGCCUGGACUGUUCCGCUUUGAUCCCACCCCUUCAAUCCCACAGAAGGAAGGGGCAUGGCCUGACAGUAGGGGCAUGGCCUUGAUCCGUCUCUCCGCCCCAGAAGAAGAGAGGGGCGUGGCCUGAUAGAUUGGGGUGUUGCCUCAAAUUGUCUCUCUGCCUUCUCUUAUCCCAGAAGUACAAAGGGGGUGAGGCCUGGACUGGACCGUUCCGCUCUGGCCCUACUCCAUCUUCAUUCCUGGAGAAGGCAGGAAGGAAGAAGGUGUGGCCUAGCAGAGUGGGGGUCACGGCCUGAAACAGUCUCCCUACCUCCUUCCAUCCCUUGAGCCGGGCCCUCUGGCUCCCCCCUCCUUGCCGCAUGUGUCCCGCGGGCCGGACCCACUGGCGGCGUCCCCCUGUGGCACUGGCGAUGGGCGGGCGGCCAUGCUAGGUGCCGACUUUGCGCUGUACGUGGGGCUGGAGCUGGCCCUGGCGGGGCUAGCAGUUGCCGGGAAUGUUCUGGUAGUGUGGGCCGUGCUGCGCAACCGGCAGCUACAGAGCGUCACUCACCUCUUUGUGGCCUCGCUGGCUGUGGCAGACGUGGCAGUGGGGGUUCUAGCCGUGCCCUUUGCUGUGGCCAUCAGCACCGGUUUCUGCGCUGCUUUCCGUGCCUGCCUCUUCAUUGCCUGUUUUGUUCUGGUCCUCACCCAGAGCUCCAUCUUCUCCCUCCUCGCCAUCGCACUUGACCGCGCCAUCGCCAUCCGCAUGCCCCUCAGAUACAACGCCCUGGUGACCGGCUCCCGUGCCAAGGCCUUAAUUGCUAUCUGCUGGGCUUUGUCCUUCGCCAUCGGCCUGACGCCCCUGUUGGGCUGGCACCGGCACCCACUCGGACCUGGCAAUGGCACGGAGGCCCACAACUGCAGCGGUGACGCCGUGCCCUGCCUCUUUGAAGGCGUGGUCACCAUGGAGUACAUGGUCUACUACAACUUCUUUGCCUGUGUGCUAGUCCCACUGCUACUGAUGUUGGGCAUCUAUCUGAAGAUCUUCCUGGCAGCCCGGCGGCAGCUGAAGCAGAUGGGAGCCAAGAUGGCGCCCGGUGGGGAGCGCUCCUGCUCCACGCUCCAAAAGGAGGUCCAUGCUGCCAAGUCACUGGCCAUCAUUGUGGGUCUCUUUGCCAUCUGCUGGUUGCCUCUCCACAUCCUCAACUGCUACACCUUGUUUUGCCGUGGCUGCGCCCGAGCCCCCCAGUGGCUCAUGUACGUGGCCAUCCUCCUCUCCCAUGCCAACUCCGUGGUCAACCCCCUCAUCUACGCCUACCGCAUCCGCGAGUUCCGCAUCACCUUCCGGAAGAUUCUUGGCCAUCACAUCCUGUGCCGAAAUGCUUGCUGUCGCCGCAAAAACAAGGCUGCCUCCUCCUCCUCUUUUUCGCAGAACAGAAAGAAUGGCGAAAGCGGGGUCCAUUUUGCAACCUCGGCAUGGGGCGGGGAGGACAGCGAGGCCAAUGGGGACCUUGGGGGGCACCACAGCCGUAGCAAUGGGGCUAUGCACAACGGCGAGGCAGCAAUCCAGGAGCUGCUCACGGGCCACGGUUCUGCAGCGACAUUUCCCGACAGGACAUUAUGAUACAUCGAUGCUUGAGGACGAUAUUACGUGAUGGUGGAGAGUGAAAUCAUCAGAAAAUGGCCCUGGUGUGGGAUGAUAUAUAUUCACUAGUUCCCGAUGAGCAGCCAUUUUGUGGGUGAUAUUACAUAAUAGAUGGUGGUCUCAUUAGAAUGAUAAGACCAUCAAGAUCGCCAAAAUUGGGCCCUUCAAUGGAAGGUUACUUUGAGGCGUGAUAGAUAUUCACUUGUUUCUGCUGGGCAGCCAUUUUGAGGGUGAUACUAUACAAAAUACAGUGCUCUCGCUAUGAUGGUAGACCGUCAAAAUGGUCGGAACUGGGGCCUUCAAUGGAAGGUUACUUUGAGGGAUGAUAUAUAUUUGCAUGACCCCGUCAGGUAGCCAUUUUGAGGAUGAUAUUACAUAACAGACGGUGGUUCCGCUAUGAUAAGACCAUCAACAUAGCCAAAACAGUGGCCUUCAAUUGAAGGUUAUUUGAGAGAUGAUAUAUAUUCACUUUUUUCUGUCAAGUGGCCAUUUCGAGGGUGAUACUACACAAAAUACAAUGGUCUCAUUAUGGUACACCAUCAAAACGGUCGGAACUGGGGCCUUCAAUGGAAGGUUACUUUGAGGAAUGAUAUAUAUUUGCAUGACCCCAUUAGGUGGUCAUUUUGAGGGCGAUAAUACAUGACAGACAGUGAUCUUGUUAUUUCAUUUAUUUAUUUCUGGUAUUUCUUUCCUGCCUUUCUCCCAACGGACCCAAGUCAGCUCACAGCAACAUUAAACAUACAAUAUAACAUAAGCCCAUUGAUUAAAACAACCCAAAAGAGUUCCAUGGAUGCUACCUUGUAGACAAUUAUAAUUAAAUUAAAGUAAGAUUAAAUUAAAAGUAGUCUAGAAUUCUCAUAAGGUGAUAAAAUACUAGGCUUCUGUACCAUUUAAUUAACAGCUAUUUCAGACAGGAACGUCUUCAGUUCUUUCCUAAAGGACAAGAGGGUGUGAGGUGCUCUAAUAGCAUCCGACAAUGCUUAUGAUGAUAAGACCAUCAAAAUGGCUGGAACUGGGGCCUUCAAUGGAAGGUUACUUUGAGAGAUGAUAUAUAUUUGCAUGACUCCGUCGGGCAGUCAUUUUGAGAACAAUAAUGUGUUUUUCUUAUGGAUAAUUAUUUUGCAGGAUGAUAUGUAUUCCAGUCAGGGGGCAGUUCAAGGAUGAUAUUACACAAAAGACAAUGGUCUUGUUCAAAAUGGCCGAAACUGGAUCCGUCAAUGGAAAGUACAUUUGUGGGAUGAUAUAUAUCUGCAUGUCCCCAUUGGGUGGCCAUUUUGAAGAUGAUAUUGCUUUUUCUGAUGGGGAAUUAUUUUCAAGGACGGCCAUUUUAAGGAUGGUAUUGCCUUUUCUGGAGGGGAAUUCCUUUCAAGGGUGGCCAUUUUGAGGACGAUAUUGCACUUCCUGAGGGAAAGUUACUUUGUGGGACAAUAUAUAUUUGGGCAGCCAUUUUGAGAAUGAUAUUGUGUUACAGAUAGUGAUCUUGUCAAGACAAUGAAAGGUUCAUGGAAUGAUACAUAUGUGUGUCACCAUCAGGUGGCCAUUUUGAGAAAUGUAUCAUGCCACAGACAUCUUGCUAAGAUGUCUGACAGUCCAAAAUUGUGGACGAAAUGGGGAUCAAAUUGAAGCCCAUAAUUGUGUGUACUACAAAUACCGCCCAUUUUGGGGAUGAUGGGAAGUCAACUCACUCGUGUCCAUGUAAUAUGGUUGUUUUGUGUGUAUAUAUUUUGUACUCAAUAAAGUAGGAACAUGUGCAUGCAAUUCAAUCUCA